CGUAGCCCUUUUCGAAUCGUUUUUUCUUUGGAAUUGGCUGUGGUGCUAUGAUCAGUCUUUAUGGAUAUGGACAGAAGUGCUGCCGGGAUAAAAUGCAGCGUAAGGUGGAAUGUAUCGCUAUCCUUGAUCAGAUCGAUGUAGGGCGCCAUGAUGGUUGCUGUGGAAACGGGACGCCGCUUGCACUUGUUACUGGUUGGUGUCAUGGGAAACUAAGGGCUGCAGUGUUAUUGCCUCAAUUGCCAGGAUGUGGAUGCAAUGUCUCUUCUAUUGGAGCCGUGUAAUUGAGUCCCUAAGGAAAAUAGAUCAGGGAGGAGAAUCUGGUGCAUUCACUCGUCUUUCUUUUGUUUGGCUUCACUCUUAACCCUUCCAGAAAUGCUUCCUCAAAUAAGCAGUACUCUUGCUGUUUCUGCAGCUGACACAGAAAUACAGAAACUUCUCAUCGAUGAACAAAUGAGAUGUGAACAUCACAAAACAAACUACCAGACCCUGAAGGCAGAGCAUACCAGGUUGCAGGACGAGUACAUAAAGUCACAAAAUGAGUGCAAGCGACUGUUGGUGGAAAAGCAGAAGACACAAGAGAAAUUCCAGUUUAUGCUUGCUGAGUUACAGCGGGAGCUUUUAGAUAAAACACAGGAAGCUGAAGAGCUGAAACUAAAGGUGCUGUCACCUCAGAAAUUAGAACUACUAAAAAUUCAAAUGCUAGAAGAACAAGAAGCUCCAAUGAAAGAACGUUAUCGGCUGCUGGAGGGCGAAGCAGAAAAAUACAGGUGCGACUAUAAUAAGCUUAGAUAUGAGCUUACUUUGCUAAGAGCAGAAUUUGACCAUCAAAAGGAAGAACAUGAACGUGUUUUACAGGAACAACGGAUAAAAUAUGAAGCUGAGAUUUUACAACUAGAAAGAGAAAAAAAAGAGCUCCAUGAUCAGAUCAUGUCUGUUGAUCCCUCAAGAGACCGCAAACGCGUGGAGGUUCUCUUAAGGGAAAAAGCUCAAUUAAACCAAAAGGUAAAGAGCUUAGAAGCUGAGACUACUGAACUGCGUGCAGAAGUGGAAAAUUGUGGUGAUCAGGCAGAAAAUGUCCAGAGAAUACAGGUGCGGCAGAUGGCGGAGACUCAAGCAACCAUUCGCUCUAUGGAGGCAGAAAAACAGUCUAUGAAAUUGCAGCAUGAACGUUUGGAAAAACAACUGCAUGAAUAUACAGAGCAAAAUACUAUUCUGACCACAAAGUUGCACAAAAUUGAAAGAGAAAUAAAUGCACUAAUUAGCCAGACAGAUGAACUCAAAUAUUCCCAUAAAAUGGAAAUUUCUAACAUCAAGCUAGAAGAAGCAAAAACAAAGAAUGAAGUGGAACGUGAGCGAGACAAAGUUCAGAAUCAGCUGGAUGUAUUGCACACUGAAUAUGGAAUCCUGAAAGCAACACGGGAUAGGCAAAAAGAAAUGUUGGCAGAAAAAGAUCGUGACUUGAUACGGAAAGUACAGGCUGCCAAAGAAGCAGGAUUCCAGCAGAUUGGCAUACUUCAGGAUGAAAGGCUGGAGUUGGAAAAUAGAUUAGCUGAACUGGAGCGGUAUAAAGUGGAGCAUGACCACCAAAAACAGACUGAAAUCAGCCAGCUAGAAGAGAAACUGUAUAUUGCGCAAACAGCAGAGGAGUCAACUAGAAGAGAGCUUCAGAGUUUAAGGUCAAAACAUCAGCAGCAAGUUUCCUAUAUAGAGCAGCUACAAAUGGAGAAACUUGAUGAAGAAGACAUAAAACAGCAAAUAAAUGAUUUGAAAAUACAAGUUACUUCUCUGUCAGAAUCAGAAAAUAGCUUGUUGCUUGCUAAUGAAAAACUGCUGGAAUUGGUGGAACGACUAAAACAGGAAAAUCGUAGUGCAAGAAAUCAAGUUGAGAAAACCCAAAAUGAUGCAGAAAAAGAACUGGAGUCAAACCAAAUAGAAUGGCUGCAAGAAAAACACAAAAUACAGGAAACUUUAUCUGAAAUGCAGGAAAAAUACACCCAAAUGAAAGAGAAACUGCAGAGGGCAGCAGCUGCCCAGAAGAAGAGGAAGACUUUAAAUGAAAAUAAAUGCAGUAAACUUCAAAAGAAAAUAGAAUUAUUGGAGGCAACAAAGGAAGAAUUAGAGGCUCAAAAGCAUGUGUUAAACAGAAAAAAUGUUCCCCACGAAGAAUUUGUACAACGUCAGAAAAGGCUAAAAGACCUGCAGCGACGACAUAAUGAAUUUCGAAGUCUCAUUUUGGGUCCAAAUAUUCCAGCAGCUGGACUAAUUAAUCCAGUCAGCUUCCUUUCUUCCACAGUGGUUCCAGGUGCAGACCUCUCCUUUAUUAAUGCUCAGGAGGAACAGCACCAAAGGGAACUAUCAUUGCUUCGUAAGAGAUUAGAGGAACUGGAAACUACUCAGAGGAAGCAGUUGGAAGAACUUGGGCCUCCCUUUGAACACAGCAAGCUUGAAAGCAGUCACUUUCAAAUGUGGGUCACGGACCCCAACAGACCAAAAACUCUUGCUCUGUGAGGCUACAAUUUCAAACUAGAGAGCUGAUGGGGAAAAAAAAAGAGAAAAAAUAAAAAUAAAACAAAUAAAAUGAAGACCAAUUUCAAUAUCAGAAAAGCACUCUCAACAUCAUACUAAAAUGUAAUUUACCACAUAUUGUUUCAUUUAAUUUUCUUCUCAGUUUGUAAAAAAAAAAAAAAAGUUGAAAAAAAAAAAACCUUUCCGUUUUGUUGGACUGAACCAGUUGUGAAUCACUAACAAUGUACCUCAGAAAAUUGUGUAUUUUUUUAUUUCUGUAAUCUCUGUUCUAAAUACUGUGCAUAUUUGUG